AUUGCCUGACCCUUUAUUUGCUCUUACGAUGACGAGCCCGAUUAGAAGAAAUCAUCUGAUCGCUUUGUUCCGCCGAACGCAAUCAUUUUGACAGCACAAUACUUCGAGCGAUGUUGUAACGUUGUUUUGAUAACGCGAUUGUGAAGAUAGCUCGACUUAUAGAGCAAUUAUCGAAAAAUGUCAAGCAUCACGAUAUCAGCUAUAAGACCACGCACGAGCAUUCUCGACAAAUCAUUGAGCAAAGGUAAAGGAGAGGUUAGCUUGAGCUGUUUCGCCCUCCUGUUUUCUGAACUUGUGCAAUAUUGUCAGAACAGAGUUUACACCGUUCCGGAGCUACAAAAUAAACUGGCGGAAAUUGGAGCAGAAGUUGGGCACAGGAUAACGGAUCUGCUCGUUGUUCGAGAAAAAAGCGGCAAGCGCGAAAUAAAACUGCUAAAUGUGCUGUUAUUCAUCAAGAGUACCAUAUGGAAGUCCUUAUUUGGUCGUGAAGCUGACAAAUUGGAACAUGCUAAUGAUGAUGAACGUACUUAUUACAUCAUUGAGAAGGAAUCAUUGGUAAACAAAUUCGUGUCGGUGCCAAAAGAUAAGGGAAGCUUGAAUUGCGCCUCGUUUGUUGCUGGUAUCGUCGAGGCAGUGCUCUAUGAUUGUGGUUUUCCUGCAAAAGUCACUGCUCAUUGGCAUAAAGGGACUACAUAUAUGGUUAAAUUUGAUGAUGCUGUUGUUGCACGAGAUAAACAACUGGAAGAUAGAUAAUACAAAUAUAUAAGAGAAAAUUGUUUGCAUCAAAAGAAGAUACAUAUUAUAUGUACAUGCAAGCUAUAUUUUCAGCUGUGAGAUUAUAUUACCAUUUUUGUGUAUGAUAUGUUUAAAGGUUUUGAUCCAUCAGUUUUUGUAAUUAAUUGUUAACAAUGAUAAUCAAUAUAUUUGGUUUUGUCAUUCUACUUAAUAAUA